AUUAACAUUUCCCUAUCUUCAAUACUUCUUAUUCUACUUAUUCUAACCACCCCAAUUCUAAUUUCCAUAACCAGUCUAAUGAAAUCUAUUAACUUUCCAUCCUACGUUACCAAAUCUAUAAAAUACUCAUUCUUUCUCAGCUUAAUCCCACUAGCACUAUUUACCUAUUUUAACACAGAAUACAUAAUUAUCUCCUGACAUUGAAUAAAUAUGGAGUCAAUAAAACUAACAGUUAGCUUCAAAUUAGACUUGUUUUCUGUAUUAUUCUUAUCUGUAGCUUUAUAUGUAACCUGAUCUAUCAUAGAGUUCUCCUCCUGAUACAUACACUCAGAUCCAGAACUUAAUCGCUUUAUCAAAUAUCUUCUACUAUUUUUAAUCACUAUAAUUAUUUUAACAUCAGCCAAUAACCUAUUCCAACUCUUCAUCGGCUGAGAAGGGGUGGGAAUUAUAUCAUUCCUACUUAUCAGCUGGUGGUAUGGACGAACAGAUGCAAACACAGCAGCCUUACAAGCAAUACUAUAUAACCGCAUCGGAGAUGUAGGCUUAAUUAUAGCAAUGACAUGAUUAUGCUUAAACUCAAACUCCUGGGAAAUACAACAGAUUUUAUCUCUAAAAAACCCCGACACUCUACCACUCUUAGGUAUUCUAAUUGCCGCCACAGGUAAAUCGGCCCAAUUUGGACUUCAUCCAUGGCUGCCAUCAGCUAUAGAAGGCCCGACACCAGUCUCAGCCCUACUCCAUUCCAGCACCAUAGUAGUUGCAGGAAUCUUCCUACUAAUCCGAUUCUACCCACUAACUUCAAAUAACAACUUUAUUUUAACACUAAUACUAUGCCUAGGCGCUCUUACAACAUUAUUUACCGCCAUCUGUGCACUCACCCAAAAUGAUAUUAAAAAAAUUGUAGCAUUUUCAACAUCAAGUCAACUAGGAUUAAUAAUAGUUACCCUAGGAAUUAAUCAACCAUUCCUAGCUUUUCUCCAUAUUUGCAACCAUGCUUUCUUCAAAGCUAUACUAUUUAUGUGUUCAGGAUCAAUUAUUCACAGCUUAAAUGAUGAACAAGACAUUCGAAAAAUAGGCAACACCAUAAACUUACUCCCUUUCACUUCAUCUUGCCUAGUCAUUGGAAGCCUAGCACUAAUCGGAAUGCCUUUCCUCACAGGCUUUUAUUCAAAAGAUGCAAUCAUCGAAUCCAUAAACUCGUCUUAUACCAACGCCUGAGCCCUCUUAAUUACACUAGUCGCCACAUCCAUAACAGCCAUGUACAGCAUACGAAUUAUCUACUUCGUUACAAUAACUAAACCACGAUUUCCCCCACUAAUUACUAUCAAUGAAAAUUUCCCAAACCUUAUCAACCCUAUCAAACGCCUAGCCCUAGGCAGCAUUCUAGCAGGAUUUAUCAUUUUCCACAACCUACCGCCACUCAACAUCCAAAUCCUCACAUUACCAUGAUACACUAAACUUUCAGCCCUAGCUAUUACAAUCUUAGGGUUAAUUACAGCACUUGAACUUAAUAACUUCACUACCCUCCUUUCAAACAAAAAACCAUUAGGGUUUUCAUCCUUCUCAACUCUAUUAGGGUAUUUCCCAACAAUUGUCCACCGAAUUACUCCAAUAAAAACACUCAACAUGAGCUUCUUCACAGCCACAAACCUCCUAGACCUAGUUUGGCUAGAAAAAUCUAUUCCUAAAUUUAUUUCUACCUAUACUAUCAAUGCCUCAAAAAUUAUAAGCAACCAAAAAGGCCUUAUCAAGAUUUAUUUUCUCUCAUUCCUAAUCUCACUAAUAAUUAUCCCCAUUCUAACCCUAGUCUAA